CGUCAACAACAGUAUGGAAGCACAGUGUGGAAGAAAAUACUUCCUCGUUUAUAAAUUAUUAUAAUGUAUUAUAACAUUUAGAUUUGAGUGGACCACUUCAUUACCUUAUCUUUGAUGCUGGGUUGUAAUUAUUAUGGUAACACAAAUUUCUGAGCUUCCUGGGUAUGUCCCUGUUGUAUGCCUGCCACAACUUAAAUCGAUUUGCUAACAUUGUUUUCGAACACAUUGAAACCACCUGUUAUCUUUGGAGUCUGGUAAAAUCCAAAAUGUCUAAUGUGGACACUGGUAAGCAAGAGGCUGGUAUAACAGAAAAAAGGAAAGUAGAAGUUUCCAAAUCAAGAUCUAGUUUUAAACGAGAACUCCCCAACCAGGAAAUAUAAAACAAUGAAAUACACAACUCUUGUAUUCUUUCCUUUGAUGUUCUUGGGUGUUUUCUCAGAAAACAUUAAUGGGGAUGUCUCCUUAAACAUCAACAACUCUGGACUGCUUGUUGCUGUUAAUGCCACACAGUGGCCCAUAAUAUACUCUCCAGAGUACAACAUUGGCUUUCUUGGACUGGAGAAGCUGCAUCCCUUUGAUUCAGGGAAAUGGGGGAAGAUCUUUGAAUUUCUCAAAGAGGAAGGCAUGGUUCGUGAUGAUACGGUGGUGACACCUGCUGAAGCCGCAGAGAGUGAUCUUAUGGUGGUUCAUCCAAAAGCCUACAUCAACAGUCUGAAGCACAGCAUUAAUGUUGCUGGCAUCACAGAGAUUUGGCCUCUUGCACUGCUACCAAAUUUUGUUGUCCAGAAGAAAGUUUUACGUCCAUUUCGUUUUCAAACUGGAGGCACUGUUCUGGGUGGGAUGCUAGCCAUGGAACGAGGUUGGGCCAUCAACCUUGGUGGAGGGUUUCACCACUGCUCAAGGGAGAGAGGAGGAGGGUUCUGUGCCUAUGCUGACAUAACUCUGGCCAUCAAAUUUAUCUUGCACAAACACCCUGGGUCAAAAGUCAUGAUUGUUGAUUUAGAUUGUCACCAGGGCAAUGGCCAUGAGCGAGAUUUCAUGCACAAUGAAAAUGUGUAUAUUAUGGAUUGCUAUAACAGAAACAUCUACCCUCAUGAUGGAUUUGCAAAGAAAGCGAUUCGCAAAAAAGUGGAACUUGAUCACUUCACAGAAGACAAAGAAUAUUUGGGUUUGGUAGAAAGAAAUUUGGAAGAAGCUUUAGGAGAAUUUACGCCGAAUAUUGUUGUUUACAAUGCUGGAACUGACAUUCUCGUUGGAGAUCCUUUGGGAAAUUUAUCAAUAACACCUAAGGGUAUUAUUCAACGAGAUGAGAUGGUAUUUGAAAAAGUAAGGAAACGUAAUAUUCCAAUAUUGAUGAUAACUAGUGGUGGAUAUUUGAGAGAAUCAGCAAGGAUCAUUGCAGAUUCAAUAUUGAAUCUGAAACAGAAGCAGUUGAUCAGUUGCAUAGAGGCAGAAAAUGCACCACUGCCACAAAAUACAGAUUUUCACUUGAGUAGUGAUUUUAGUUAAUUUACUGGUAGAUCUUCUGCUCCGUCAAUUGAGGAUACUUCUCCAACUCCAGACAACAGCUCAAAAACAUCUUCAGAACCCAAGAAAGAGGAUUUAUAAAAUGGACUCCUUCCUGAAAAUGAUUUCCAGAUCCAGAGUUUGUCUAUAGAGCAUAGCUGAAUUCUUUUUUUUUUUUUUUUUUGACGAUCAAUAGUUUAUUGUCCGACAAGUAUAUUUAGAGCACAACGUGUAGGUUAGAUCAACUUGACUCUAGUCGUAAGCUGUUC